AUGAUUCCCAGAUACAGUCUGAUAAUACUUAUUUUAGUUCUCUUUGCUGUAGCAGAUAAUGCUUCUGGGAAGUCGCUCGUUGUCAAACAAAGUACGAACGACAACGAUAGCGACAACGAUAACGACAACGAUAGCGACAACGAUAGCGACAACAACAAUGAUGACGACAGUAAAUUUAUUAACAUCAUAAAGGAGGCCAUGGAAGAUAUAAGCGCUGAGAUUGACGAGUACAUCGACUUAGUACCGGAAACGGAUAAAAAACAAAGUAUUGAGGUACUAGUGGAGACAAAAAAUGGGUAUGAUGUUGAGACAAAGAAAACAGUCAUCAACGGAAGUGUUGGUGAUAAGGACGCAAAAUUAUACAUAGAGCAGGCCAAAGUACUCGGCAAGAAUACGGAGGGAGAACAAAAAAAAGCUGGCGAAUCGUCGGAGGAUGUCGAUUAG